UCAAGAAGAUUGUCGCGUGGUUAACUCAAGAGAUGGAAACUGUAAAAUACUACGCGAACUUCAUAGAUCCUCACUGGAUUACCGUAGUGGCGACAGGAUUGUAUACGCAUUUGCGACAGAUCUGCAUAAUCGGUCUGUGUUUCGAGGAGGAAAACAUCUUGCCUUUUGAUCCAUCAUAUGCAUCAGUACUCUUUGUGUUCUCGGUUUUAUGUCUAUUAGCAGAAUACAGACUGUGGCCCGUAACUCUUAAAGAACCACCAAUUCAGCUACUAUACAUUUAUGAAAUGUUAAUAGCUGCAUUGAGUACGAAUUUGGCGAUCCAUAUGGUAUGGAUACCAAUGAUGCAUGCAAUUUAUUGUCUAACUCAAGAAUCCAGUAAGUGGUUGACAUGGUUGAAUACUGCUAUGGGCCUGGACAGCUACUCUUGGUUAACCUUCUUCGCGGAUUACAUGGCUAGAGACUACGCAGCCACGUACAUGGCAUUUUGCAUGUCGCUAUUGUCGUUCGUGUGGAUGCUGGAUGCCACUGAAUCCCUGGACACAUUUCUGGAUACGUGGAGCAAGUAG